AUGACCCAGUAUGAAUUGACACAGACACUUUGGAAUCUCAUUAAGAGCUCUUCAUUACCUAAUGAAGAAAUUGAUCGCAUUGGUUCAAAGAAACUGAUAACACACAAGGAGCUCAUUCGAUUCUAUCGCGAACACCGGCCUUGUUCGUCAUUACUUGAGUUGGUGAGAAGUACUCGCAUGGUGAUCCCGAACAAGAACACAAGAAAUGAAACCAUCCCAAAAACAAAAGAGUUCUUGGAGUCUAUGGAGCUUCUCAAAUUGAAAGCGAAAGAAGAAGAGUAUCGCAAACUCGUGGGUACAAGCACAGAUAUGAACUUCGUGUUUACACAUGAUCCAAAUGAAGAACCUUUCAAUCCAUCGCGAGAAAUCAAACAGACAAGAAGUCAUAUCACGACGAUAUUCAAUAUUUUCAUAAGCGUGGGCAGUGUUGUGUAUGCAAUUUGGUACUGGACCGACACAUCAUGGAAAAUCAAAGACAGUUACAGAGUGUUGCUUUGUCUCUUUUUCGGGCUACUAAUAUUGGUUGCUGAAGUUGUUGUUUACAUUGGAUACUUGAACAAAAUUGAAGACGCAAGGAUCAAGGAAAAGGAAAAGAAAGAAAUCAAAAAAGUGGUCCGCAGCAUCACUCUUCAUUAA